ACGCCGGUAGGCGGGUAGGCGCGGGAGCCUGGAGCGCUGAACGCUGCUUGGAUGCAGCAGCCGAGCCACCACACUGCGCGCGGCGGGAGACCCAGGACUAGCCGCCGUUGGCGCCCUGGGUGCGGGAAAGGGACUCUGUAUUCCGUCCCUCCCCUUUUUCCUCUGAGUCUCCAAACGCUCCGGCUCUCAGACCCUCCUCCUCCCAGGUAAAGGCCGGGAGAGGAGGGCGCAUCUCUUUUCCAGGCACCCCACCAUGGGCAAUGCCUCCAAUGAUUCCCGGUCCGAGGACUGCGAGAUGCGACAGUGGCUUCCCGCGGGCGAAAGCCCAGCUAUCAGCUCCGCGAUGUUCUCGGCCGGGGUGCUGGGGAACCUCAUAGCGCUGGCGCUGCUGGCGCGCCGCUGGCGACGGGACGCGGGGUGCAGCGCUGGCCGCAGGUGCUCCCUCUCCUUGUUCCACGUGCUGGUGACCGAACUGGUGUUCACCGACCUCCUCGGGACUUGCCUCAUAAGCCCGGUGGUACUGGCUUCAUACGCACGGAACCAGACCCUGGUGGCACUGGCGCCCGAGAGCCGCGCGUGCACCUACUUCGCUUUCGCCAUGACCUUCUUCAGUCUGGCCACGAUGCUCAUGCUCUUCGCCAUGGCCCUGGAGCGCUACCUCUCGAUCGGGCACCCCUACUUCUACCAGCGCCGCGUCUCGCGCUCCGGGGGCCUGGCCGUGCUGCCCGUCAUCUACGCAGUCUCCCUGCUGUUUUGCUCGCUGCCGCUGCUGGACUACGGGCAGUACGUUCAGUACUGCCCCGGGACCUGGUGCUUCAUCCGGCACGGGCUGACCGCUUACCUGCAGCUGUAUGCCACCCUGCUGCUGCUCCUCAUCGUCGCGGUGCUCGCCUGCAACUUCAGUGUCAUCCUCAACCUCAUCCGCAUGCACCGCCGAAGCCGGAGAAGCCGCUGUGGACCUUUUUUGGGCAGUGGCCAGUGCGGUCCCGGGGCCCGCAGAAGAGGGGAAAGGGUGUCCAUGACGGAGGAGACGGACCACCUCAUUCUCCUGGCUAUCAUGACCAUCACCUUUGCCGUCUGCUCCUUUCCUUUCACGAUUUUUGCAUAUAUGAAUGAAACCUCUUCGCGAAAGGAAAAGUGGGACCUCCAAGCUCUUAGAUUUUUAUCAAUUAAUUCAAUAAUUGACCCUUGGGUCUUUGUCAUCCUUAGGCCUCCUGUUCUGAGACUUAUGCGUUCAGUCCUUUGUUGUCGGAUUUCAUUAAGAACACAAGAUGCAACACAAACUUCCUGUUCUACACAGUCAAAUGCCAGUAAACAGGCUGACCUCUGAGGUCAGUAGUUUAAAAGUUCUUAGUUAUAUAGCAUCUGGAAGAUCAUUUUGAAAUGGUUCCUUGGAGAAAUGAAAACAGUGUGUAAACAAUAUGAAGUUGCCCUAAUAAAAAGGAAUAUACAAACAUUUAGGCUGCAGUCAAGGCUGCAGAUGUGCUGAUAAGGCACUUCAUGUAAAGUGUCAGAAGGAGCUAUAAAACCUACCCUCAAUAAGCAUGGCACUUGGCCUUUGGAGGAACAAUCGGCUGCAUUUAAGAUCCAGCUGCCUUUUGAUUUAAGCUUUCCUGUUGAAUGACAAAGCAUGUGGUUUUGUAAUUUGUUUCAAACCCCAAAUAGUGACUGUAUUUUCUAUUUUAAUCUUGCUACUACCGUUAUAAACAUUCAGUGUACAGCCAGACCAGAUUAAACGUCAUAUGUAUUCUCUGGAAGUUGAUAAUGUGGAAGCAACCAAGCCUGCUGACUUGUGAUCACUUAAUGAACCCUUUAUUUGAACAAUGAAGUUAAAAAUCAUAGGCA